CCUGACUAAGCCCGCGCGCCCCCGCGGCCAGCCGCACAGAGGCGCGGCCGCGCGCACGCCCCGCCCCGCCGGCUCUGCGCGCCCCCGGGUCGCGUUGGCGACCCCACAGCAAGGCCCCGGGGCCCUCCCGCGCUCCCCAGAUGACUUCAGACCCUGCGUGCCGGCCAGUGAGUGACAGCCAUCGCCACGUUUCCCAGUGAUCUAGAUUCAAGAUGAAUACUGAUCAAGUUACACUGGUGGGUCAAGUGUUUGAGUCGUACGUUUCAGAGUACCAUAAGAAUGAUAUUCUUCUAAUCUUGAAGGAAAGAGAUGAAGAUGCUCAUUAUCCAGUUGUGGUUAAUGCCAUGACCCUUUUUGAGACCAACAUGGAAAUUGGAGAAUAUUUCAAUGUGUUUCCCAAUGAAGUAUUAACUAUUUUUGAUAGUGCACUCCAAAGAUCAGCCUUGACACUACUCCAGUCCCUUUCUCAGCCUGAGGAUGUCUCUAUGAAGCAGAAUCUUCAUGCCAGGAUAUCAGGCUUGCCCAUCUGUCCUGAACUAGUGAGAGAACACAUCCCUAAAACCAAGGACGUGGGACACUUCUUAUCUGUCACUGGGACAGUGAUUCGGACAAGUGUGGUGAAGGUCCUAGAGUUUGAGCGGGACUACAUGUGCAACAAAUGCAAGCACGUGUUUGUGGUCAAAGCUGACUUUGAGCAGUAUUACACCUUUUGCCGGCCAUCUUCAUGUCCCAGCUUGGAGAGCUGCAAUUCCUCAAAAUUCACUUGCAUGUCAGGCUUGUCUUCAUCUGCACCAGCCAGGUGUAGAGAUUACCAGGAAAUAAAAAUUCAAGAACAGGUUCAAAGGCUAUCUGUUGGAAGUAUUCCACGAUCUAUGAAAGUGAUCCUAGAAGAUGACUUAGUAGACAGUUGCAAAUCUGGUGAUGACAUCACUAUCUUUGGAGUUGUAAUGCAACGCUGGAAGCCCUUUCAGCAAGAUGUGCGCUGUGAGGUGGAGAUAGUCCUUAAAGCCAACUAUGUCCAAGUAAACAAUGAUCAGUCUUCAGGUAUUGUCAUGGAUGAGGAAGUUCGAAAGGAAUUUGAAGACUUUUGGGAAUAUUACAAGAGUGAUCCUUUUGCAGGAAGGAAUGAAAUACUGGCCAGCUUGUGCCCUCAAGUGUUUGGGAUGUAUCUAGUAAAGCUUGCUGUGGCUAUGGUGCUGGCUGGUGGCAUUCAGAGGACCGAUGCAGCAGGAACAAGGGUCAGGGGUGAAUCUCAUCUUUUAUUGGUUGGGGAUCCUGGUACAGGGAAAUCGCAAUUCCUCAAAUAUGCAGCAAAGAUUACACCAAGAUCUGUGCUGACCACAGGAAUUGGAUCCACUAGUGCAGGUCUGACAGUAACUGCUGUCAAAGACUCAGGAGAAUGGAAUUUAGAGGCUGGGGCCUUAGUACUUGCAGACUCGGGUCUUUGCUGUAUUGAUGAGUUUAAUAGCCUCAAAGAGCAUGAUAGAACCAGUAUCCACGAAGCCAUGGAGCAACAAACCAUAAGUGUUGCUAAAGCUGGACUCGUGUGCAAGUUGAACACAAGGACCACCAUCCUGGCAGCAACGAACCCCAAAGGCCAGUAUGACCCCCAGGAGUCUGUGUCUGUGAACAUUGCCCUCGGCAGCCCACUGUUAAGUCGAUUUGACCUGAUCCUGGUUUUGCUUGAUACCAAGAAUGAAGACUGGGAUCGCAUCAUUUCCUCUUUUAUCUUAGAAAACAAAGGUUGCCCAAGCAAAUCAGAGAAACUCUGGAGCAUGGAGAAGAUGAAAACCUACUUCUGUCUCAUUAGGAAUCUCCACCCCACACUGUCUGAUGUGGGGAACCAAGUUCUUCUCCGGUACUAUCAGAUGCAGAGGCAGAGUGAUUCCCGGAAUGCUGCCCGGACAACCAUCCGCCUGUUGGAAAGCUUGAUCCGAUUAGCAGAAGCUCAUGCUCGCCUAAUGUUUCGCAAUACAGUAACUCUGGAAGACGCUAUUACAGUGGUGUCAGUAAUGGAGUCCUCUAUGCAGGGAGGUGCACUACUAGGAGGUGUGAAUGCUCUCCACACUUCAUUUCCUGAAAACCCACGAGCACAGUACCAGAGGCAGUGUGAACUCAUUCUGGAAAAGCUAGAACUUCAGAACCUCCUAAGUGAAGAGCUUCAAAGACUUGAAAGGUUACAGAAUGAGAGUGUGCCCCAAACCCAGCCACAGGCAGUGGAGGCAGAGACUGCUCCAGGGUCCUCAGGAAAUGAUCCAAAGGAAGAACUAAACUUGAGAACUUCAACACAGCAGGGACUAAACUGUAGUAUACAUGCCUCCCAGGCUAUCAACAGUCCUGGGGGGAAUCCUCCUGUAGACCCUCCACUCUGUAGGUCUCCAAAUAGAUCAACAAAUAGGAAACAUUCAGCUGAGCACAGAGAUAGUAGAGAUGGUGGUUUGAAGUGGUUUGACCUAUCAGCAAUCCCUCAGAUUGAAAAGAAAAACACUAUUCUUGUGUCUCCUUUUCCCAAAACAACUGAGGAGACUAUGCUGUUAAAAACCUCUAGCAUAUCUCAGGGUAAAGAAAAGAAUGAGCUAGGAAAAAGGAGCAAAUUAGAAGUGGGGCAGCUUCCAUCACCAGGAGCCACGGAUGCUCCAGUGAGGCCAUCCCGUGUCAAAGGUAAAAAGGCAAAAAGACUGGUGUCAGAAAAAGCAGUUCACACUGUGGGGCCAGAAUCUGUACAGACUCUUAAUGUCCCCAGCCGGCUACACAAUCUUCGAAAGAAAGAGGCCCAGAGGUCAAUCACAAGUACUCCCAGAGCAGAUUCCAAUCCCACGGUGCCUUGCCCUCUUCAGGCCAUUUGUGAACUUGGACCAGAACGAACCUCAGAAAUGUCCCCCCAGGAGGAAGAGUCUGAACUUGAAAGUGCUGAUACUCUAACUCCUCCACUGGCCAAACUGGCAAAAUUUACUUUCAAGCGGAAGUCAAAACUGAUCUUCUCCUCUGAAGACCACAGCCAUGUAUUCCCUGGCACAGGUGAAAUAGGAGUUCAUUGUCCUGAAACUCCCCAACAUAAAACAAGAAAAGAAGCAGCCCUGCCCAUGAAAGGUUCAGAAAAGUUGACAUCAAAUUCAGGAAACAGAAGCUCCAAUCAGCAGAAGGGUAAAACAAAGGAGCUGUCAUGGCAGCCACCAGAGAAAGAUGAAUCAAGAGAAGAAAGGGAAUGUGGGGCUGAAAAGAGGGUUAUUCAGCCUCAAUUGGAGCUUGGGAACAAGACUCAAAGUUCCCAUCUUGCUUGUGAGAAAAACAGAAAGGAAGAGGUUUCAUGCAGUAAUAAAGGCAGCAAGGUUCAUGCUGGCACAUUAGCCAGAUUGGCAAACUUCUCCUUUACUUCACCAGAAUCCAAAUCAGAAUCCCUUGGUCCAUCUGAAAGGGAGAACUUGGGUGAGAGAGGCCUUAGCUGUCGGGCUACAACCCCAGCUUCAGUACUUGGCAGUAAAAGGAGCUCUUUUCAGCUACCGGGGCCCACCGAGAAAAUGAAUGUUUCCAAAAGUUCUCUCUUCACUCUAUCAGAACUGGAUGAUGAAGCAUUAGAUUUUGAUUGGGAUGAAGAGAUGAGAAAAAAGACAUGAUGCAUAAAACUUUCUGGUCAAACUUCUUCUUUAACCUCAACACAGUGCCUUCUUUAUAUCAUUGUGGAGUUUAUAAGCAUAUAUUAUCUUUCUAUAUUGAGUACCAUUCCAAAUACCAAUUCCCCAUCAGGUUUUAUUUAUAGUUUCAGGUUUCUCUUUAGAACUUUUAAGAUUAUAUGAUGAACUUAGGUCCGAGUGAUCCCAGUACUUGAGAUGAAUGAACCCAUGUGCUUAGUUUUGCAGGGGUAGUACUGUAUUCCUAAAGACGUUUCUGUUCUUUGCAUCCAUUUUUUUUUUAAUGGGGAAGGGGUUCUUUUCCAAGUCACUUCUUUUGUUCAUCAGUGAAGAGUGCCAAGAACAUAGCCUUCAGAAGGUGAACAAGGUGGAGGAAUUCUUCCUGUUUUUUUUUCAUUUUCCACCUAGGAUGUGUUAAGUAUAAAACCUACUGUCAUUUGGAAUGUUUUGCCAAAAUCAUGUGAUUUUCCUAAUAGUACUUCUGUGUUUAUCUUCAUGUGCCAGAUUAAAUGCGACUAAUGCUGUUCUGACUUUGAAGGGCAUCUUUACAGGUCCAUGAUCUAGCAGUGGGUCAAAUAACUUUUUGAAGUACUGACCUUUUGAAUUUUCCUUUUUUCACCCCUUGAACCAACAUUUUAUGCCUCUGACUCUUUUUUGCACUUGGGGACCUUCUUUCAAUACAACUUAAAUCAUGCAAUUAGGAGAGAGAGAAAGCACUAUCAUAUUAAUCAUAUAUCAUAUGACAUCCAUUCAAGUGGUCAAUGUGGGAAUUUGGUUCCUGGUAUGACGUAUUUGUUUUUAAAACCAAGCAGAUUAUUUGGUAGAGAGAAAUAACUCAAAUUCCACAUGCUAUUAAAAUUCUAAUACUCUUAGGACUCCAUCAUUACAGACUUUCUCUUCAGAAUUAUAUUUGUAGCAUAAUACUUGAUUCCUGAAUUGGUUGAAGGACUUUGGGACAUGAAGAGUACUCAGGAUUAUAUGUACUUUGUUUAAUGUUCACUUUAUGAGCUGGGUGUAUAGCUCAAGUGGCAGAAAACAAGCUGAGCAAACACAAGAUUCUUAGUUCAAACCUUGGUACUGACAAGAAAAGAAAAAAAUACUUAUUUUCUGAAAUUCAUACAGAGAAAAGAAAUUUGUGAAAACGCUGUUUUGAGCAUGUAAGCAUUAAUUCCAAAAUUGACAAACUUCUAAAAAAUCUUAAGCUAAGAACAAAUUUAACAUGCAUAAAUCUUUUAAAGUCUUGAAAUACCUUAAGCAGCUGACUGAACAUCUACAUACAAAGUGACUAAAGAAUUUAUUGUUGGGCUGGGAAUAUGGCCUAGUG